CGCGUCGUUUGGUGCAAGCUUAAAAAUGCGCGCACUGCAUUCUGGUAGUUGAGGUAGGUUUCUAUGGUAAUGCACGCACAAACUUAUAGCUGGAAUGGCCUAUUGUUGCGCAAUGGACGGAUUCUACAAUCUGCGCUGCUGCAAUGGCUCAAACAUAUCCAAAUAAAACUACUUCUCUAGAGAGACAUGCCCUUAAAAUUUCCAAGAAAACAAAUACAAAAGGCUACGAAAGAAAGGCAAGGCCAAGUCAAGCUACUCCACCAAUAAUUAAAAGCAAAACUCUUCGAGUAUCAAAGCAGUCCUCACUCAAAAAACUUCAGAGAGCACUUAAUGACGAACUUCGGUGUUCGGUCUGUUACGAAGUAUUCAGCGACCCAAGGACAUUAACAGCAUGUCUACAUAGCUUCUGUAAGGAAUGCCUUCACAAAAUGCUAUCAAAGCGAUCCAAGUACAUUCAUUGUCCACUGUGUCGCAAAAAGACUGCCGUCCCAAGAAGAGGCGUGAAAGGGCUACCGCUGAACAGUGUGAUCCGAAGGCUCGUCGAUGUUCAUAGUUCGGAGGGGAUGACGAGCGCCAGACAUCGAAAAAGACAUCCAGUGUCAACGCACAUGAUAGAGCAGCAAGCAAAGGCAGUAAAGACCGCAGCUUAUCGACUACAUUCUAUUGUACGGACGCGCGAAAGACGCAUUUGCCGUGAAAUGGACGCUCUUGUCAAAUCAUACAACAGACUCGAGACGCAAAGAAACUUAGUUUAUUACAAUACAUAGUCAGGAACAAAAUAUCAUGGCUUGUACCUCAUUUUCUUGUUCUUUAAAAAUAUAUAACUUAGAUAUUAUUUAUAUUAUCUAAUAAAAUAUCACGGAUUCCAGCGAGAA